AUGUACGACUCGCAGAAUGGAUUUGCCAUUGUCCCCAUCACCUCCCAACUGCAAAAUAUACUAUUACUUCUUCAGGGUGCUAAUGCGCACUGGGAUUCCAUGUGUUGCGCGAGCGGCGAAAUCGUUGAUCGCCCACUAUCCUUUGGUAAAAUUCCUGCGUUCAAGAACCCUACCUGGCGGAUCUUCAUACUCAAACCCCGCGUCUGGUUCAAUGAUGGACGGUCAUUGGACAUCUUGCAGAAACCUCAUCUAUACUCUCAGGAUCACAAUAUUCCUUCUGUUUGGGAGCCCUACGUCACCCUCCCUGCAGACGACCAUGCUCUUCUCCAUCACAAGACACAAAACACCGAAAGGAAGUUCAUUCAUUCAUGUCGCCAUCCCCUUCAGGAGGACCUUGACUCUGGUGUGGCCUACAUGCCCACCACCAGGGAAGAGUCGCAGAACCUGUCGGUGCUAGCAUUUAUACUCAACGCAGAAGACAAGUUCUGCCAUGCCGAAAAAGCCUCAUUUCCUAUGUUGCAAAACCCGGAACUCCAAGAAGCCUCUAAGCUGUGUGGUCAGAUUGUCGACGAGUUUUACUACCUUCUGAACUUGGCGGCUCUCAACACUACAGUCACUGUUCGUUCUUCACCCAGAUUUUCGACCCUUGGUCGAGAUGGGUCACAAGACAGUAUUGAUUCAGUAAAGAGUUCGGGCAGCACCGGCACAGUAACUGCAACUCAAAUGGACGUGGAUCAAGAAGGACAGCAAGAAAGUGACGACGAGGAUGCAGAGGAUGAAGUUUUUGAUGGCUAUAUGCAGGGAGAGGACGAGGUAGACAAGGAGGAUGGGCAGGUGAAAGUCGACGACGAAGACCAACCUAUGUUCAAUUCUUAUGGGAGAGAAUAUCUCUCAGUGCGGGAAUCAAAGAUGGCUUUGGCGAAGGUGGACGACCCUAACGUCCCUGUCAGGGAGCGUGUCGAAUUGUUCAAGCUGGUAUUGAGGGGUGUGCAACCCUUCCAACCACUCCCAAACGUGGAGGCAUCAGAGGCGUAA